AGCGUUCACUCUACAUAGCACAAACGUUCCGCCAGCAUUUAAGCCAACUUUUACUUGCGCCAACUCUUUCUUAUUCCAUUUCGCUCGCGCCCGUUACAGUAUACUUCGCGUACGACGCCGCUGCUUGCGCCGCCACAACGAGAACAUAGCCGCCGUAAUGAUUGCGUUCGCUUAGUUGCCGCUGUCGCUAAUUUGAUAUAAAAUAAUCAUAAUAAGAAUUUGCAGUGCACAGUCUGAUUCUGAUUCUGAGCGUGGCGGGUGGCGUUGACGGACUUGCGAAAAAGAAUUUAAUAGAAUUGUUUAUACGGUACUUUUUAGACUUGUAAAAAAGAAUUUAAUAAAAUCAGUUACUCGUUACAUUUCAGUCGAGUUCAGUUGUGUUUGUUGACAUUUUAAAUUUACACGAGUUUGUGUUUAAUAUAUUUGCAUGGAAUUAUAUAAACAAGUAUAUAGUUAACGCUGUUUAUAAUAAAUAAAAUUGUAAAGAAAUUAAAAGUAAAAAUAUUAACUUUUUAAAUGGUUCUUUAUUAUUAUUUAUGCGCUGACAUAACAAAGCAAUAAAAAAAUUACAAACAAGUUAUUAUUAAUAUAAAAAAUAAAUAAAGAAUUGCCUUAAAAAUAAAAGAAACUCCAUUACAGUACAAUAAAAAAUGCACGGCACACCAAUUAAAUAUUAUCUAUUGCUCUCCGCACUACUGUGUCACAGCUGUCACCCGGUGCUUAUGCAACGCACUUCAUUGGACGACACAUUCCGUAACUUAUAUCGACCGCUACGUUUGAUUGGUUUAAAUUUCGCCGGGCGUUCAGGUGACAAUCCGGGUAAUCGACAACUUGUGCGCGAUAUGGGCAAAACUCAAAACCUCAAUACACGUGCGCGUUCGUUGGUGAAUUUCUGCGAUGCGCUGAAUGGGCCCGGUAAACGCAGUGAAACACGCCCGACAUCGGUGCAUCGUAUACGACCCGGUGAUAUAGAUAUCGUCGGUGCUAUGGGUGAUUCGCUGACAGCUGGUAACGGCAUUUUUGCCACAAAUUUAUUACACAUUACGGUAGAGAAUCGCGGUAUGGUCUGGAGUAUUGGUGGACAAGGUACUUGGCGACAAUAUCUAACGCUGCCAAAUAUAUUGAAGGAAUUCAAUCCGAACUUGUAUGGCUACUCGCUGAAAGAUGGGCUCUCCACCGAUCGUAGUUCGAAAUUCAACGUCGCUGAGUUGGGCGCCAUGUCACGUGACAUACCUUAUGAAGCGCAAGUUCUUGUCAAACGCUUGUCACGUGAUCCGAAAGUGAAUAUGACCGCAGAUUGGAAGCUUAUCACUUUACUUAUUGGUAACAAUGACUUUUGCUCAGAUGUUUGCUAUCUGCCACGACCAGAGGAUGCGAUCAAGCGACAUGAAGAAAAUAUGGUGAAGACUUACCGUUAUUUACGUGAUAAUGUGCCACGUCUAAUGAUAAAUGUAGUGCCAUCGCCAAAAUUGGAUUUCCUAGUGGCUUUGAGUAUGAAAACACCCGUUUGUCAUACGACCUUGUCAUUCGAGUGCCCCUGUUUAGUGGGUAGGCCCAAGCAGCAUUUGGUAAGAAUGAUAAAGCUGAUGAAAGAUUGGGUUGCGAAGGACAAAGAGAUCGUGAAUAGGGACGAGUUUAAUACAGAGACAUUCACCAUUAAUCUGCAGCCAUUUACACUAUUCGAAGAUUUCUUUCCCAGUAACGAUGACGCGAUGAAAUUCAAAUUUCUGUCAGAGGACUGCUUCCAUUUGAGUCAGCGGGGACAUGCGAUCAGCGCUAAUUAUCUUUGGAACAAUAUGCUGGAAGAUGAUAACCACAAAAGUAUUUUGGUGGAGCCAAUGUUAAUGAAGACUUUCCGCUGUCCGACUGAGGCGCGUCCUUACUUUGUGACACGUGUCAAUAGCGCUAAAGAUUUUGUAGUUUGACUUUGAACGCCAGUCUUAGCCAUCCAUUAGCGGUAUUUUCUAAUUAUAAAUAUUUAUGUGCAAUUUAUAGUUAGUCGUGUAAUUAAAACCUGUGAUAAUACAGUUAGAUUGUAAUUAGAUUACUUUUUUAUAGUAUAUAUAUGCAUAAGCAAAUUGUAGGGUAAUAAUUUAUGUAAACUAUUUGUACACGUGAUAUUUGAGAAGUAAAAAAAUUAAUAGGUAUAAUUAUUUACAAUUAAAUCAAUAAUUAUAUACAUACACGCAGCUGUGACAAUUCUAUUCAUUAGAUUAAUGAUAUGAAAUGUUUUCGUGACAGUACGAGGAAAAAGUGAGUAACUUGGCAAACCAUUUGGAACACCAUAUGUGGUUGACUUAUGUAGAUGUUUAAACUAUAUAUUUUUUUAAUAGAAAUCCUAUUACUCUAAUAAGAAUAAAUUGGAGACUGUGGUAAACAAUUUGUAAAUUUACUGCAGUGUUAUAGCAGUCUAGGGCUCUAAAAACAGACCGAAUAUUAAAAAUGUAUUCUGAAAGUAAGAAAAAACAAUUGAAUAUCUUUCUUUUUAGCUUUAUUAAACAUUAACUUAAUUCUAUAAAAUAAAAUUUAUAUCAAUAUUUUGACACAAAA